AUGACGCACAAAACCCCAGACGGCUACACCAUCCUUCUCCCCGACAUGGACAUCCACGCGCUCGUCAACGCAUCGCGAGCAGGAUUUGUACAAGAACUCCUGACGAAGAACCCUACUUUGCCCGCAACUCAACUCACUAAACAUAACCUCUUGUGCUGCUUUACGGGAAGAAUAGCCCGUUUAGGCCAGGGAGGUCCCUUUUCGACAGAGGUUAAAGCGCAGAUUCAGAUUGUACAGCAGCGAUGGCUUUCCUCCACAGCCGGAGACGUCCUUCACGAGCUCUUCGAUGGCAAGCUACGUAAAAUCGGUACAUAUCUACCCCCCAGCGUGUCCUCCACCGCGAGCGCAUCGGUUCCAAAGACACAAAAGAGCAGCAAUACUAUGGCGUCAAUCGUCCCAACAAACGGCAUGGAUCCUCGAGCGACGGGCACGAAACCGCCUGCCACUGCUCCCAGCGUGCCAGAGCGCGUUGGCUCCAACCAAUGUUUGACACGAGUGAGAUCGCGGCCGAAGCAUUCUGGCUCAAAAAGCAUGUCACCGUACAACAGAAAUGUGGUCGUGCAUAUGCCUCAUUUCUUAGGCCAGCAUUACAGAAAGAAGCUGGUACAGAGCGGGAACUGCCUCCUCAUCUCGCUGCCGUCGGAGACGGCACAUCCGCUGCCUACAAAGACGACUCACGCACACCUCUGCGAUGGCAUCGAUCAGGCUAAAAGCCUCCGUCGUAUUCAGCUAGUGUUGGCUUGCUAUCCCUCAAUCGUACUGGCGUAUGACAGCAAAGCCAACAAGGACCUGGCAGCACGGCAGAUCCGGAGCUUGAAAUUCCAGUUUGAGGACAACGAUCCCAUCAAGGUUGACAUACAAGAAUUUGGCGACAAUCCAGCAAGUGCCAAAGCUACCUAUACUCUUGGUCCUGGCUUUCUCUACUAUUGUGAUCACCGGGAGUCGCUCCAGCGUUUCUUUUGCAAAGAAGGCUUUGUGCCCAUCACCGACAUCAUUAGAACGCGGAGGACUGGCAUCCUGAGAAUAGAGUUACUGAUACGGUACCGCUUUUCUCCCGGGUUUCUGGAGAAAUUGAACGCCCUGCCAGGUGGUCACGGAGACAAUAGAAUCCCCACAGAACCAGCUGAGUCGUGUAGCCUGUGCCCGCGUGUUGCAGGCCAAGAUCGGCGUCAUUCCAGCCCGAAAGAUGUGCAUCUAUCAAUUGUGACGCCAUCUUCCCUACGCCGCGGCAAUGACGGUGCGAGCGCGGAGAAUUCUGCACGGCCUUGCCUGAGUAUACCAGGCCCCGCUCUUGCUGCUGCUCAUCCAUCACUGGAUGAUUUCAAGAUCACUAGUUACAUAGCAGUUUUCACUUUACUGAAUGGGUCUGAGGUUGCUAGGAAGGUUCCACCACGCCGUUUCGUGCGCGGCUUCAACCUAUUCCUGGACACCUUCUAUCCAGAUUCUGAUUUCGAAGCCAGACUCGCUGUGCUCCACCGAAUCGAUGGGGGCGAGCGCGUAGAUGACUGGGAACUUCUGUGUAAACAUUUGCGGAGAUAUUUUACCGAGAUCUACAUGUCUGAUGGCAAAGUCGUGAGUUCUAAGCGUAAGACUCUAGCUGGUGAUAACGGAGCAGCUCGAAAAACGCUAAGGCGUCCGGUCGCUGCCGAUUAUGUGUAG